CCGCGGCCCGGAGUGGAGAGGUGGGGGCGCAGGAGGAGGGGCACAUGGGACUCGGGCCCAGAGCCGGGGGCGGGUCCGAGACUGGGGGCCCGGAUCGGGAGCCGAGCGCUGGGGCCCAGGCAGCUGCGGAGCCGAGCGCAGCGGGCAGCGGGACCGCCCCAGCCCGGCCGACUAUGAACUCGGGACGCGAGCCCCGAACACCCGGGACACUCUUAAGCAUCGCAGACAUCCUAGCCCCGCGCAUGGUCCCCCGAGCACCAUCUGCGCCGCAGCUUCCAGAGUCGGGUCCGGGUCCAACGUCGCCGCUGUGCGCGCUGGAGGAGCUGACUAGUAAAACUUUCCGCGGACUUGACGCGCACGCUCCGCAGCGGUCUGAAGGGCGGGCAGCCCCGGACGCGCUGGGCCCUGGCCCCUCCGGCCGCAAGCGGCGCAAGUCACGCACUGCGUUCACCGCGCAACAGGUGCUGGAGCUGGAGCGGCGCUUCGUCUUCCAGAAGUACCUGGCGCCGUCCGAGCGAGACGGGCUAGCUACGCGACUCGGCCUGGCCAACGCGCAGGUGGUCACUUGGUUCCAGAACCGGCGAGCCAAGCUCAAGCGCGACGUGGAGGAGAUGCGCGCCGACGUCGCCUCGCUACGCGCGUUGUCCCCGGAAGUCCUGUGCAGCCUAGCGCUGCCCGAGGGCGCUCCAGAUCCCGGCCUCCGCCUCGGCCCUGCCGGCCCUGACUCCCGGCCCCACCUGUCAGACGAGGAGAUACAGGUGGGCGAUUGAAGACAAAGCCGCCGCCAAUCCUGGGCUCUGGGACCCUGGACUCCUCACCUCGCGCUCUGCCUCCGGCCAGAGUUCCAGGGUGGAGGAAGGAGGUCCACUUGGGCCUCUUCCGGCCCACAGCCCAGACGCUCAUCUUUUCCGGUUUUUUUUUAAGUUUGUUUUGUUGUCUGAGACAGAGUCUCGCUCUGUCGCCCAGGCUGGAGUGCCGUGGAGCGAUCACCGCUCACUGCAGCCGCGACCUCCUGGGCUCAAGCGAUCCUCCUGCCUGAGCCUCCUGACUAGCUGGGAUUACAGGCGUGCUGCACCACCCCAGGCUAAUUUAAAAAACUUUUUUUUAGAGAGGAGGUCCCGCUAUGUUGUCCAGGCUAGCUUUCCCAAUAUUUGAAUAAAGUCGAGACUCUGCUGCA